UCCAUCUCCCGCCCCUCGAGCUCGCCGGACCUCCCGAUCCCCCGCCGCCCAUGGCCGACGCCUCGCCCGACCCGCCGCCGUCGACGCCGUCGGCGCCGGCCCGCGAUCCGCCGCCGCCGCCCGCCGCACCGAACCCUAGCUCGCCCCUGCUCCUCCACCCCCGGCGGGAGCCCUUCGAGCACGGCCUCCUCCCGAUCCCCAAGCUCGUCUUCACCGACCCGAUCCAGGCCCUCCUCCCCCUCAAGCAGAAGCUCCUCGGGCGGGCCCCGGCCCACCGCGUCGCCCCCGCCCCGCUCGCCGAGUCGCUCCAGAUCUCGCCCGAUCACGCCAGGCUCGUCCUCGACACCCUCGCCUCCGUCCUCCACUCCGACGCCGACCCCCUCGUCCGGGCCAAGCCCGACGAGGUCGACUCCGUCGGCGCCGACGUGAAUGAUCUGGUCCUUUUCUUGUACAUCCAAUCGUACAAGAAGCUGCUCCCCAGGUCGCAUAGGGAUUCCGCCGCGGUUGCCGACGUUUGGCCCUCCACUUCCGCGUUCGACGGAUAUUUAUCGGCCCUGUCUCCGUUGCAGCUUGCACGUAGCAAUAGCAGGCGAUUUACGCCAUCUCAGGCCGAUGAGGAGGCUCAUCAACUAUCUUAUCUGCAAAAGCAUUUGGCAAACAUAAUCUCUCUUCUGGCAGAGCCUGUGGAGGGGGAAGGAGAAGAAUCGUUGGUUUUUACCAUGGAAAGAUUUGAGCACCUUGGAUUGCUGAUUCAGUUUGGUGAUAAAGGAUCUGAAGUAAUACCCAUAAGCCAAGCUGCUCCAUUUUUUGCAAAUUCAGAUCCAGACAUGCCUGCUGUUCCCGUUCCAGCCACACAAGUUCAUGAUUGGAUUUCGCAGAACAUUUCAUCCUCUUUGGAAAUUAUUUUGGAAAGAGUUUCUGCGAAAGAGAAUGGUCCAGCUAAUAGUACUGAUCCAGAUGUCGCUAUGACCGAGGCAUGUCCUGCUUCAAUCAAGUCCUCACCUGGUGCUAGGGGAGUAUGCUUUAUUGAGGGAAUAUCUAAAUCAUCUUUUGUGAAACAAGCAUCUGAUCUUAAAGGCUCUUCUGUAAAGGUUCUAAAUUGCCACGAUUCCGUCAUUUACAUCUUAUCACCACUAAAAUAUGCAACCAUCUAUGGAUGCUCGGAUGCUACCAUUGUCGUUGGAGCUGUUGGAAAGGCUGUAAGAAUAGAACACUGUGAGAGGGUUCAUGUUAUUGUAGCAGCAAAAAGAGUUUGCAUUGCCAGCUGUCGUGAGUGCGUGUUCUUUUUGGGAGUGAACCAGCGACCUCUUAUUGUUGGUGAUAAUCACAAGCUGCAGGUUGCGCCAUACAAUACAUUUUAUUCUCAGCUGGAGGAACAUAUGACUGAAGUUGGCAUUGAAGCAACUAUUAACAAAUGGGAUGAGCCCCUUGCACUGGGAAUGGUUGAUCCACAUGAUUCGUUAUCUCAUCCAGCUGGUGUGUCUGAUGCUCAAGCCGAAUCAGCCGCACGAUUAGAUCCCGACCAGUUUACAAACUUUUUGAUUCCAAAUUGGUUCGAUAGUGAAUCUGUUGGAUCAACAAAGGACAAUCCAUUUCCAUUGCCGGAUACUUACAUGACUUCUCAGCAGAGAAAUCACAAGAGUUUAGGAGAGAUCAAGCAAAUGCUGAGGGAAGUGCCUCUUGAAGAAAAUCGGAAACGCGAAUUAUCCAGUGCCCUUCAUGUAUACUUUAAAGACUGGUUGUAUGCUUCAGGAAACAUCCGUCAGCUUUACUGCCUGCAAGGUGAUUGAUUGGGUUGAAAGUGGAUCUCUAAUGCAAGUAAAUAGCGGUGCUUUCGGAUUACACUUUGUGCUUUCACCAAAUUUCUUUGCUUCUGCCAGUACCGCCGGCAGCUAGGAUUAGUUCAUCUCACUCCAGAAUAGCGCACCUUCUAAUGCAUUGUCCCAGUCGGCAUAUAGGGCAAAUAGGAUUGUACUCGCUCAUUUCAUUGUAUAAUUUUUUACCUUCCAAAAAUAAUCCUUGUUAAAUAUUCGGUCAAAUGAGGUUUGUGCCUUGUGAAAGUAUUUAAUCCCUUUGCGGUCUUGUUCUACAGUA